AUGGAAGAAUUAAUAAAGGCACCAAAUUCGAAUUUCAUAAUAAUGUCAAACCAACCAUACCAAACAACUAGUCCAGAAAUAGUAGAGGAUUAUAUAAUAAAAAGAGGUCAACCAUUUGUAUUAACAGGUACAACUCAAGGUUGGUCAAGAAGUAAUAUGUUUACUCUUGACUUUUUAUCUGAAAGAUAUUCAGAAAUGGAAUUAAUUAAUUCACCAAGAAAUAAUGAAACUCAUACAGAUUUACAAGGAUGGAGAAUGAAAGAUUUUAUAUCAUAUUUACAAGUUUCACCAGAAGAAAGAAAUCCAAAACAUUUAUAUGGUAAAGAUAUAGCAUGUCCACGCGAAUGGCAAGAAUAUCUUUCACAUAAACUUCAACCACAAUAUUCAUACAAGAGUAGAUUCGAUUUAGUAUCACAUUUACCAGAUUAUUUACAACCAGAGACAUUGUUAGUUUAUAUUGGUAGCAAUGGUACCUAUACACCAGGCCAUAUCGAUAUGUGUGGCAGUCUUAGUCAAAACCUUAUGGUAUCAAGUGACCAAGACGCUUUUGCAUGGUGGUUUAUAGUUCCAACUGAAUACAAAGAUGAGGCAUUAAAGUUUUGGGGUGACAAGGGAGGUGACGUUUACAACGAAUCAAGAUUCAUUAGACCAAUCGAUCUUUUGGGUGCUCCAUUUCCAAUAUACGUAUUUAAACAACGUCCAGGAGAUUUCAUUUUCGUUCCACCCGAUUCCGUACAUCAAGUGGUAAACUGUGGUCCAGGCAUUUCAACAAAGGUAGCAUGGAAUAGUAUCUCUUUAAAGUCUUUGCCAAUCUCUUACUUUUCAUCAUUACCUCAUACAAGAAGAAUGGCAAAACCAGAACUCUUUAGAAUUAAAGCCAUCGCUUAUUACACCCUUAGAAAGAUUAUGGGUGAUGUAGAGAAUACCAAUUUCAAUACGAUCGAUGUAAACGAUGUCAUCGAUAUCAUUGCACCAUUGUUGGAGAUAUUUCAUAACAUUUUACAAACUGAGUCCAUCCUAAUCCCAAAACCAAACUAUCCCUAUUGUAAUGGUGAAACCAUACCAUUCCUUCAACCUUUCAAAUACUUUAAUGGCGACCGUAUUCAAGAUCGUCGUUGUGAUCAUUGUAACUCUGAUAUCUUCAAUCGUUGUUACCAUUGUGAAACUUGUAAAACCGAUGAUGGUCAAGGUAAGGAUUUCUGUUUCGAUUGUGUCUCGUCUGGUAUCGGUUGUGAAUUCCAUUUCAAGGUUAUGGUACUCAAAGAAUUCAUCUCUCAUAGCAAAUUAAAGAAAGAAUUGAGUAGUUUCUAUGAAAUCUACAAGAAUCUAUUGGCUCAUAGUGGUCGUCGUCCAAAGGAAGUCGAUGAUAUCAUCACCAAAUCAACCGAUCGUGUCUCUGAUGAAUGUGGUUUCCUUACAACUGCAACUGUCGCUUAUCAUGUAGUCUUUUAUUCCUCUCAAAAGAAGAUCAAAUGUCAUAGAUGUGAAAAACGUUUUAAAAAGUUUUCAAUCAUCUUUUGUACCAAUUGUAACGCUCGUUUCUGUGAACAAUGUGUAGUCAAUACUUUUGGUCAAAACUUUCAAGUUUUAAUGAAAAGAAAUGAAUGGGAAUGUUUCUGUUGUAAAGGACUUUGCGAUUGUUCAAAUUGUACUAGUAAUUCAAAUUCUUCAAAUCAUCCACGUAUUUUAAAUAAUAAUCAACAACUUGGUUUACCUUAUAAUAAUAAUAAUAAUAGUAAUAAUAAUAACAACAAUAAUAUUAAUAAUAAUAAUAAUAAUAAUAAUAAUAAUAUUAAUAAUAACAAUAAUAAUAUGAAUAACAACAAUAGUAUUAAUAAUAAUAAUAAUAAUAAUAAUAAUAACAAUAUUAAUAAUAACAAUAUUAAUAAUAAUAAUCAUCAUAAUAAUAACGGUAAUAAUAAUUUAAAUUCAUCAUAUUCUUCAUUAAAUGCUUUAUCUUCACUCUCUCAACAACAAUCAUAUGGUAGUUAUGAUAAUUAUAACAAUAAUAAUAAUAAUAAUAAUUAUAACAAUAACAAUAAUAAUAAUGGUCAUAUUCAAAUUUUAAAAUCUGGACGUCAAUAUGAUGAUGAACAAUCAUCAUCAUCAGGAUCAGGAUCAUCAAACUCAACACCAACAAAACCAAGACCACGUAAUGGUGGUGAUGAUGGUUUAAUGUCUCAUUUUUCUGGUAAUAAUAAUAAUAACAAUAAUCAUCAUAACAAUAAUAAUAAUAAUAAUAAUAAUCAUCAUAUGAUGUCACAUCAUCAUCAUAAUAACAAUAAUAAUAAUAAUAACAAUAAUAAUCCAACAACAUCAUCACUUUCAAGUUUAUCAACUUCAUUAUCUUCUUCAUCAACAUCAACACAAAAACCAAUGGAUGUGCAUUCCAAGAAAAGACCAAUUGUUUUAGAUAAUGAUAAACCAAAAGGUAGACCACCAAAGAAUUUAAAAGAAUGGACAUCAACUCAUAAAUUUAUUAUUUCAUUGAUUGAAUUGUUUAGAUCCUCUAAUAAUGCAAUCUUGGGUAAACCAAAUCCACACUAUAAGCCAAUUGAAAAUUUACCUCCCUUAGUUCAAUUGUAUCUCAGUCAAAGAAAAGCUUUCGGUGGUGUUUUAUGGGCAAAGACAAAUAGUUGUCCAUUGUUACCAUGUAUUUGGGUUAAAGAUUUAUCUGUAAUUCCUCCAAACACUAAAUUACUCCCAUCAUUGAUUCAAGGUAAAAAGAUUGUUGUUUUGUUUUUCGGUGACCAAGAUCAAGAAGAGUACGUAGGUAUCGUAGGUAAGAAAUCAAUAUUUAGUUUCGAUGAAGUUAAUCAAACUCUCCUCUUAAAAUGUGGUGAGGUUCCUCUCGCUCAAUUGGAGGAUUUAUUCAAUACUACUGAACCUGAAAUUGCCAUGAAAAAAGAUAUUGCUGCCUUUAACUAUAAAAAUCAAAUUGAAGAAAAAGAAGAAGGUUUAUAUGUAAAACAAGAACUUUAUAAUAAUAAAAAAAUAAUUUAA